AUGCCGGAAUCUCACACCGCCGCCUUGAACGACUACCAUGGUGGUUCUAGCUCUGGCUUGCACCAUGUAAACGUCGUUGAUGAGAGUAGUCGCUGCUCCAACUUGUACCAUCCGUCGUAUACGAUGUCAGAAGCCAUGACAUGCACCAUGGACUUGCCGCCACCACAAGUCAUGUCAGGAGGAGGCCAGCAAGAUGACGCGGUUACGGAUGGUCGUGGAGAAAAUGGAGAGCAAACUAUUCAGGUUCCUGAAGUUGGGAAAACAUUUGAGUCAGAGAAAGACGCCUAUGGAAUGUACAACACAUAUGCCGGCAAAGUUGAAUUUAGUAUUAGAAAGAACCAGACAAAGCGUCGAGAUGAUGGUACUGCACCACAGGAGGAGGCCGGCCAUGGCGACACCGGAUCUGGCAUCUCCGGGGUCCUCUACAAGUGGGUCAACUACGGCCGCGGGUGGCGGCCCCGCUGGUUCGCGCUCAGCGACGGCGUGCUCUCCUACUACAAGAUCCACGGGCCCAACCGCAUCGACCUCUCCCGCGACACCGACCGCGGCGCCAAGGUCAUCGGCGAGGACUCGCUCCGCCGCCUCGCGCGCCCCUCCUCCGCCUCCGCCCCCCACUCCAACGGCCACGGCCACCACCAGACGCCCCGCAAGCCCCUCGGCGAAAUCCACCUCAAGGUGUCGACCGUCAGAGAGAGCAGAUCGGACGACAGGAGGUUCUCCAUCUUCUCGGGGACCAAGAGGCUGCACCUGCGGGCCGAGACGAGGGAGGACAGGGCCGCGUGGCUCGAGGCGCUCCGUGCCACCAAGGAGAUGUUCCCGAGGAUGUCCACCAGCGAGAUGGUCGGGCCGGGGGACACUGCGGCGGCCGCGGCGGUCUCCACCGAGCGCCUGAAGAAGCGCCUGCAGCAGGAAGGGGUCAGCGAUGCUUCCAUUGCUGACAGCGAGAGGAUCGUGCGGGAGGAGUUCGAGGCGCUGCACAAGCAGCUUGUGCUUCUCAAGCAGAAGCAGGCGCUACUCCUUGACACGCUCCGCCACCUAGAGAAGGAAGUGGUAGCGAGUCUGAUGAUUACAAUGAACCACAAGAUCCUGUUGAAGAGGAGACUGACGAUGAAGAGAACAUAUAUUUUGAUACAACUGAUUUCCUUUCAUCUAGUUCUUUUAAAAGCAGUGGAUCUGAUUUCCAAAGAUCUGAAGCUGGUUCAGAUGAUGAGGACGACUACCCGAUGGAUGGAAUUGAUCCUUCUAUGAACUCUGUUGGAAUUAAUUAUCCAUAUGUGAGAAGGCCAUAUGUGAGAAGGCGUAAGAAGCUACCAGAUCCAGUUGAGAAAGAGAAGGGUGUUAGUUUGUGGUCAAUGAUCAAGGACAACAUAGGAAAGGAUCUUACCAAAGUCUGUCUGCCUGUUUACUUCAAUGAACCUCUUUCAUCAUUACAAAAAUGUUUCGAGGAUCUUGAGUAUUCCUACCUUAUUGAUCGUGCAUAUGAAUGGGGCAAAAGGGUAUGUCUUCUUCCUCAUUAUUCUCAGCAUGUGACGGGAAGUGCGUGACUUUCCCUUUCAUACUACUCCCUCCGUUCCAAAAUAGAUGACCCAACUUUGUACUAAAGUUAGUACAAAGCUGAGUCAUCUAUUUUUGAACGGAGGGAGUAGAACUUAAGUAGUUUAACCUGAAACAUAAGUAGCUUAGAGGUGGUUUUGUUCGAUUUUGCACCGUGUCCUCUACUCCUCUUCAGGUUGUUCUUGUUAUCUCCUGCUUUGCAGUUGUAGUAUAUAUCCAAUCUUAGUUUUGGUUUGUACCAAAGAGGAUAUCAAUGUACUUAUGUGAUUACUCCUGUUUGUGUCCUACAUAUUACACCUUUAUGCAAUGUCUUCCGUUUUACUCUAAACUCAUUCGAGUGCAUUCUAAAUCCGCCUCUAACACUUCUUGGUGUCAUUAUGUUUAACCUGUUCUCUACCAUUUUGUUUCUUUGCAAAGAUGUCAGAACUUUUCUGUGUGCAUGUUAUCUGUAGUAGUGGCAAUAACUAACUUGUGAUUGGACAUGUUUAUUUGCUUAUUUCUAUCAUGAGAUGAACCACAUUUAUGCAUCUUACAUCUCUAUGUUGAAUACUCAGGGGGAUAGUGUGAUGAGGAUUCUAAGCGUUGCAGCAUUUGUUGUUUCUAGUUAUGCCUCUACGGAUGGAAGGAGUUGUAAGCCCUUCAACCCUCUUCUUGGGGAGACCUAUGAAGCAGAUUAUCCAGAUAAAGGUCUUCAUUUUUUCUCAGAAAAGGUUAGUCAUCAUCCAAUGGUUGUUGCAUGCCACUGUGAGGGAAAUGGCUGGAGGUUUUGGGCAGAUAGCAACCUAAAGAGCAAGUUCUGGGGUCGCUCCAUUCAACUUGAUCCUGUUGGUGUGUUAACACUGGAGUUUGAUGAUGGUGAAGUUUUCCAGUGGAGC